UUCCGAGGCUGCUGUUCUGUGUACUGUAUGUGCAGACUUUCAUUUAUAUAGUUGCAAACCGAUUACUACUUUUUCUCGUUUCCUUAUAAGUCCAUGGGAAGCACUAAAACUACCGAUACAUUGAUCGGAUUGAUACGGCUUGCUAGCGAGAAAUGUUAUGAAGGAAGAAUGGAGUUCCCAGACCAUAGCCGCCAGUUGCUGCAGUGUCUGAGUCAGCAGCGUCACCAAGGUUUCCUUUGCGACUGCACUGUUCUUGUUGGAGGGGAGCGAUUCAAAGCACACAGAGCAGUUCUGGCCUCUUGCAGCAUGUACUUCCAUCUCUUCUACAGAGACCAGCUAGACAAAAGAGACCUUGUGCAUCUGAACAGUGACAUUGUGACAGCCCCUGCUUUCAGCCUGCUCCUUGAAUUUAUGUAUGAGGGGAAACUGGAAUUCAGCAACUUGCCUGUGGAAGAUGUGCUGGCUGCAGCCAGCUACCUCCACAUGUAUGACAUUGUGAAAGUGUGCAAAAUCAGGCUGAAAGAUAAAGAGUUGUACUCUUUGGAGGAACAGAUUAGCAAUGGGGCAUCACUGGGCUGCCUGGAAAAGGAGAAGAGCCCUUCAGACAGAGAGCAGAGUGAGCAUGUACAGCAGCGGCAGCCCACGGCAGAUGAAUUUGACACAGACAACAGCAAGGCAAGACUGGCUGUCACGGAUUGUGAAAGGUCUACACAGAGCAGGCAGAAGGCGAACGGUCACCCUGGCAGGUCUCCGGACCUUGUAGGUGUCAAUUAUGUGUCAGUGGAGGCCGAGUCCUGCAUCCGAACAGCUGGAAAAACAAAAGCUGAUGUCAGUAGUUCUACGGGGGCUCUGUCUCAGAGGUCUCGGGCUUCAGAUGACACAGACUGUGCUCUGGAUUUGUCUUUCAAGCCUCUGUCGAGCAGAGAUUCCUUACACCCCUAUGUCUCGGGACAGCUGGCUUCCGACAGCCAGCAGCAGGGCAGCGAGCCACUUGUUAAAGACGAACACGACUUGCUGUCAGACCAGGAGGACAGUGAGCCCAUGAGCCCCGAGAGCCAGCGCUUUGGGAAUUCAGCCAGGAGCUCAGUGGUGACAGGGUUCGCAGCCCUCUUCCCAGGCAACAACGGCUCCUCGGCCGCCCUCCACCCCCGAGAGGACGAGGAUGUGAUGGAGCAGGAUGGAGCUGGGGGAAGAGGAGGGGUGGGCGGCAGUGAGGAGGAAGAGGAGGAUGACCUGGCCUCUUCCGAUAUCUCCACCUCCAGCGGCAUGCUCCUGCCCCCCGGCCAGCAGAUCUGCGUGUGCCCCCUCUGCAGCAAAGUCUUCCCCAGCCCCCACGUGCUGCAGCUCCACCUCAGCUCCCACUUCAGGGAGAAGGACGGCACCCGCUCCAAGCUGUCCCCUGAUGGCUCGGUGCCCACCUGCUCCCAGUGUGGCAAGACCUUUUCUUGCAUGUAUACCCUGAAGCGCCACGAGAGGACUCACUCUGGAGAAAAGCCCUACACCUGCGCCCAGUGUGGCAAGAGCUUCCAGUACUCUCACAACCUGACCCGCCACGCCGUUGUCCACACACGCGAAAAGCCCCACGCCUGCAAAUGGUGCGAGAGACGCUUCACUCAGUCUGGUGACCUCUACCGACACAUCCGUAAAUUCCAUUGUGGUCUUGUGAAGACUCUGGCUAUUGGAUAAUGAAGAAUUACUACUGGAGCUGUACAGAGUAGAUAGUAUAUAUAUUUUAUAUACAGUAUAUGUAGAUAUGUACAGGUCAGUAUACAGUACAAGCACCACCACACUUGGCAGUUGUGGUAUGGCUGCAUUGUAAAACUGACCCAAUUACAAUUUCCAUCAAACAAGCCAUUUGUCUGGCAUGUUCUUUUUGGAAAGAGAGGUUUAAAUUGCGGAUCAUGCAGGCUAGUAACGUUCGUUUUGGUUAAAACCAACACCAAGUGGAGCAAUCACAAAAACUGAAAUAGUACUUUCAUUACAAUUUGGUAAGUUCUCUAUCUUCGAUUAUACAAAAUGCAUUCUUUUAGGUUUGCAGCAAAUAUCAAGUAUAUGGAUGGCCUUCUACUGUAGGAUAAUGGCAGUAUGCAUAUUUAAGUAAUAUGCAUUCUGUAGUUGAUACACACCAUAACACUGACAGCUUCAUAAAAUAAAAUGUAAGUAUGGGUUACUUCUUAGCAUACGUUCAGUAUUCAGGUGUGGAUAAGUCUGUAAACUCUUUAUAUAAUGGAAGUGAUCUUUUAAAUAUGUCAUACUCCUUUACAAACACACACACACGUUCAUUUAUAAGUAUUGCUCUUUGACUUUGUGUGAAGAGUGUACAACAACAACAAAAGGCACCGACAUUGCCAAUGGUUCCCAUAGCAAGAAAAAUGAAGUGUACUUAAGAGGGCGAGUUUAAGCCGUGCUGUGUUUAUUUUUUUGGUUUUGUUUGGCUUUUUUUUUUUUUAAAAAGCCAAGACAGUAUUGUGAUUUUCUUUUUCAAAUAAGUCCCCACAUUCCUCUCCUAACCACAAAAGAAUUGCCCUGCUGUUGAAAGAAAGAAGAAAACAUUGAUUCAGUGAAGCAGCUAGAGGUUGCUUGCUGCAUCUCUGCUUGUGUUGACUGUGUAAGCUGACCUAUGUAUUUUUAUGUUUUCAGUUUUGUAGCUAUGAUACAUAUUUAUCGGUCACUAAACUUUUUUUAAUAUAUAUACAAAAUGUCUACUAAUGCUGCAACAUAUUAUGUAAAUGAUUCACAGACUAUAAAUCCUAUUUAGAGGUGUCUUCACCCCUUGUGCUGCUGCCACCUGUUACCAGUGUCACAGCUCUCACAUUUAAAUAUUCCUGAAAGAUGGGAUUAAGCAAUACCAGCACACUAUUUCCAGGUUUUUCAGUAUAUGUCAGACAUUAACUGUUUAGAUUUGGUAUAUAUGUGAACCCAUUUCCCCACGUGCGCAUACAAGCUUAAUUAAUAGGGGGAAGUGUAAAAGUAUAUAUUAAAUAUAUAGAUAUAUAAUCGACACUCCAUUUUGGUGAGCAACAGAGUAAGUUAUAAUUGUAUAAUAUUUUGCAGCUAUUUUAUGAACUACUGAACAUAAUGCAUGUACACAUUUAAACAGUCUGGGCAAACAUGCAGGGUUAAAUAAUGUCACAUACUGUUUUCAAAAUGUACUGUUUCUCUGAGCCUCUUUUCAGUGCUGUGCUAUGUUAGUACUGUGAUUGGAUUCUGUCGAGUACUCUGUGUGUGAGUUGGUAUUUUGCUGUGCCUGGAAAUAGCACUAAAAAGUUUUCUUUUUUGUGUUCUCUCCUGAUAAAACUUGAUCUAGUAUUUAUUAGUUAGGGUUUUUGUUUUAUUUUGGUUCAGGGUUUCUUAGGGUGUGUUGUUAAGUAUUAUCUUUAGUAACAAUUUCCAAGCACAUUGAUUUUGUCAUUUAAAACAAGAAUAGGAAAUGUUCAGCUUGGGUUCUUAAAUUUGCUACAUGGCUCUUCUUAUUCAUUUUAACUGAUCAGUACUUUGAAGGACUGUUAUAGCCCCUGAUGCAGGUACAGUUUCUAGGUAUAGGGGUUGGCAACUAUUUUUUUCUUUGUGAUUUACGUGUCCUAUAAUAUUAAUUGUUUGUUAAAGGGGUCAGAUUCAAUAAGCACCAAGUUUGUUUCAUUAUUUAUGUCCUGUGAAAGCGUUAUGUUUAAAAACAGAAAAAAGAGGACUUGUAGUUUUGUCCCAGACUUCUAAACUUUUUAUUUUCAAGAGAUUUAUGCUUUUGUGGACAUACAAAUACAGUGAAAUGACCAAUUAUUAUUUAAAGAGAAAACAAAAUGUUACACAACUUAAAGAGCUCCUACACAUCUCUUAGUUGUUUCUUGAUAGUUGUGUAAUAUUCCUACUUUGUUUUUUCUGUAAAUUCUUUGUGAAUGUGGCCCAGUGUGUCUUAUUAUAUGAACAGAACAAAAAUCUUAAGAUGUGCGACAAAAGAAAAAGUAAAAGAAAGCACUUGUUUUGAGCAUGCAUAGUUUAAUUUCCUUUGUGUCUGACCUUCACACUGUAUAUGGCAUUUAAAAAAAAAAAAAAGCCCAGUACUUAAUCAAAACCAUGAUAGUUACCUGACUUUGAAUCACUAAAAUUGACUCAAAUGUGUUUAGCCAAUACAGGGAAAUAAGCAACCGAGGCCUUGCGUCAACAAAGAGACUGGCAAAACAAAAGCUGUGCUUGCCACAGAGCUCAUUUAAAAGUAAAUAAUGAACACUAGUAGCCGAUGGACUCUUCUUAGUGAAUACCUCACAGAAAAGAAUGACCAUUGUUUUGUUCAUAGGAAUGUCUGGAUUAAUGGCCUGGAAAUUCCUCCUUUCUUAUUUACUUUAAUUACCUUGCUUGUUUUUUUUUUUUUUUUUUUUUACUAGUAAGGAAUACUUCAAACAUAACACCUUGCACUAAUAAAUUCCCUGCAGUGAACCCAGUGUAUUUAUUUAAGGGAGUAUAGGAACAACUGUAAACA